AUGACGUGUCUGCUCCGGGGCCUGUUGGAGAACCCGGUCCAGCUCGACAGGUCCAUUCACGUGGCCGGACAUGUCUCCUGGACUUGUGUGAGCUCCGUCCGGAAAGGUGCCUGUGAGCUGGAGGCUGCAGCAAGGACCCUGAAAUUCCUGCUGCCUGGGACCCUUGGGAAUCUGGCUUUCAUGGGUCCCGGUGGUUUCGAGGGCAGCUUCCCUCAGAUGACCUCUGCCUUGGACAUUGCAUUGCUCGGGGAGGAGGAUGAAGAGGCACUGCAUUAUUUGACCAGCGUUGAAGUGACAGGAUUUGAAGAUAUUAAAUCAGGUUACAAAACAGAUUUUUAUUUUGAUGAAAAUACUUACUUUGAAAAUAAAAUUCUCUCUAAAGAGUCUCAUUUGAAUGAGAGUGCUGAACCAUCCUCAAAAUCAACUGAAAUCAAAUGGAAAUCUGGAAAGGACCUGACGAAACGUUCAAGUCAAAUGCAGAGUAAAGCUAGCAGGAAGAGACAGCAUGAAGAACCAGAAAGCUGUUCUAUGUGGUUCACUGAUCAUUCUGAUGUCGAUGCAGAUGAAUUAGGAGAGGUUGUAAGAGGUGAUAUUUGGCCACAUCCACUACAGUACUAUUUGGUUCCAGGUACGGAUGAUGAAGGAGAAGAAGCUGAUGAUGACGAUGAAGGAGAUUUGGAAGAUAUUGAUGAAGGGGAGGAAGAUGAUGAUGAGGAAGACGAAGGAGAAGAUGACUAA